CUUUAGCAGACAAGACACGAGACCAUUUACAGCAAUUGUUUUACUCUCCGCCAACCGUGUCGUGUCUCAACCCGCCCAGCGCGUUGGCAUGAGGUGAUCUGCGCUAUCUAAAAUGAAGAGAAUACGGUUGCACAGGUUAUCGAGUCAAUUACUCUCUACGACGCCCGCGAGGCCACCACCUAGUUCGACAAGGAUAUGUCGAGCCACCCAGACUUCCAGAUUACAAGCCCCUCUAUGUUGUCAACGGAGAUGGCAGACGACAACAUCCGACGUCGUUCUUGAAGAAAUAAACGAUACUGAAGGAUCACCAAUACUACCACCGGAGGAGGAACACAUAGCACCGUUACCGUCCCCGCCUCCAGAGCGAGCCCUAUACUCGGCCAAGCUUGCGGCUUUGCAUGCGCGACUCUCUCUCUCCUCCAAAAUUCCCUUACAGACUCUCGCCCGCGCCCUUAUAGACCCUUCAGCCGACGCAGACCCCCGCUUCAACAAUGCGAAUCUUGCAUUCGUGGGCGCAUCCAUCCUCCAGUACCAUACCUCGGAAUUCCUCAUUACCAGGUACCCCCGCCUGCCCAUGACCAUUCUCUUCUCCGCCAUGAAGGGCUACUCCGGCGUGCCGGCCCUGCACCAGAUUGCCCGCGCCUGGGGUGUAGAAGCGGCCGCCGCGCCCGGCGAGGAGGUGGACCCGGGGUUAUUGCAGUUUUCGCAGGACAAGCCGACGGUCAUGAUGAGCAAGUGGGGCUACGUACGUGCCGAGUCCAAGGAGAUCCAGAAAUACAAGUGGCGCCGGGGCCUGAGCAGUUCGGUCAUGUACGACGAUGCAUUCGGUGAGAUGGUAACGGAGCAGAGGCAGCCGACAGAAGAGGAAGACCCCGAGGUUAGUGCGGCGAGAAACACCAAAGACUUGGUCGUCGACAACCCAGUGGGGAAUGCGAACGCCAACUUCGUGCGCGCGGUCAUUGGCGCUAUCUAUAUGUACUGCGGGCGGGAUGCCGCCAAGGCCUUCGUGAAGGCGCACGUCCUUUCUCGCACGCUCGACCUCUCUAACAUGUUCCAAUUUAAGACGCCAACAAGGGAGCUGGUUAAGCUAUGCGCGAGAGAGAACUUCGACGCUCCCGUCGCGAGGUUAUUAAGCGAGACGGGUCGUAUGAGCAGGACGCCCGUCUUUGUAGUGGGCAUCUACAGCGGGCGAGACCUGCUAGGCGAGGGCGCAGCUAGUGGCCUCGACGAGGCGAAGAUAGCAGCCUCCAUCAAUGCGCUAAAGGCGUGGUAUCUAUAUAGUCCGGUUGACCCCGCGGUGCCGAGCGACACGUUUGUGGAGGGUGCCGCUCCGUAUAAGCCGGUGUACGUUGAUAUCGGUGAGGUCAUAUCGUAGUCUCCGGUUUCCGAAGGGUUUCUACACGAGAGCGCGUACGGAUUAUCCGUUACGGAGAGAAAAUAAAAAAUCGUUACUGGAUAAUGGUACGGGAGGGGAUCAUACGCGGGGAAAAAGGGAUGAUGAUACCUAGCUGCUACGGAACUCAUGGGGGCGGAUUCAGGGCCGGCAUACCGUGUGUAUCAUUGUACUAUAUUCGAAAACCGCGAGCAUAGAUGGCCCAUG